AACAUUUAAUAAUAUCAAUAAAAUCUGAACACGUUAUAUAUGCAAGUUUCACAAUAAAACGAGGUCUGGGAUAAGAUUCGUGGUCUGUGGAGUGGAAGGAGCAAGAUGAGCACUGAAAAUGGAGCAAGAGAAGAAAACAGUGGUCGUUCUUUGUUCGAGACAAAAGCAGCAGAAGGAGGUUCAGUUGCUGCAGCUUACAAAGUUUUUGCUUUCACAGUACUUGUCAGCAUAGUGCUGAUAUGGUUGUACAGAUUAACGUACAUCCCUGGAGUUGGAGAACCUGGAAGAUGGGUUUGGAUUGGCAUGUUCGUCUCAGAGCUCUUGUUUGGUUUUUACUGGAUCAUUACUCAGUCUGCUCGCUGGAACGUUGUCCAAAGGAUUCCAUUCAAAGACAGGCUUUCACUCAGAUACGAAGACAAAUUGCCAGAUGUUGAUAUCUUUAUUUGCACAGCGGAUCAUGUAGUUGAGCCGCCAAUUAUGGUGAUUGACACUGUAUUGUCGGCCAUGUCAUAUAACUAUCCUCCUGAAAAAUUGAGCAUUUACCUUUCCGAUGAUGGAGGAUCAGAAUUCACAUUCUAUGCUCUUUUGGAGGUCUCUGACUUCGCAAAGUAUUGGCUGCCCUUCUGCAAGAAGUUCAAGCUGGAACCCAGGGCUCCUGCAGUCUACUUUAAGAGAAAUAUUCUUGACUCGCACGACCUUGUUCUCGCUCAAGAGGAGUCGAAAGUUAAGAAAUUAUAUGAAGACAUGGCGAGUAGGAUUGAAACAGUUGUUGAAGAGGGAGGCAUCCCAAAAGAGAUUAAGGAAAAACACAAGGGGUUCUCAGAGUGGAAUUCCUUAAUUGCAAGGAAUGAUCAUCAGUCUAUUGUUCAGAUAUUAAUUGACAGAAGAAAUCCCAACUCUGUUGACAUUGAUGGACAUCAGUUGCCUACUCUGGUGUACUUGUCCAGGGAGAAAAGGCCACAACGGCCACACCACUUCAAGGCCGGAUCUAUGAAUGCAUUGAUAAGAGUUUCAUCAAAAAUAAGUAAUGCACCGAUCAUCCUCAAUUUGGACUGUGAUAUGUACUCGAAUGAUUCAGAUGCACUUCGAGAUUCAUUAUGCUUCUUUAUGGAUGAAAAACAAGGGCAUAGAACCUCCUACGUGCAAUAUCCACAAAGAUACCAUAACAUCACUAAACAUGAUAUCUAUUCAAGUGUGGCCAGAGUUGUUCACCAGAUUGAGCUGGCUGGAAUCGAUGGUAACGGUGGUGCCCUUUACUGUGGUACUGGAUGCUUUCACAGGAGAGCAAGUCUUUGCGGAAUGAAAUUCUCCGAGGAUAACAGAAGUGAACUGAAGAGCGUGAAACAUGAAAUCGAAGGUAGGCCUGUUGAAGAGUUGGAAGAAGCAUCUAAACAAGUUGCAAACUGUAGCUAUGAAGAUGGAACUCAAUGGGGAAAAGAGAUGGGAUUGGUCUAUGGAUGUCCAGUGGAAGAUAUAGUCACAGGCCUAGCGAUUCAGUGCAGGGGAUGGAGACCAAUUUAUCACAAUCCAAGUAGAUAUGCCUUUCUGGGAAUUGCUGCUACAACUUUAGAUCAAUCUCUUGUUCAGAGUAAGAGGUGGUCCGAGGGCAUGUUCCAGAUUUUCUUAUCCAAGUAUUGUCCUUUCAUUUAUGGCCAUGGCAAGAUCAAACUGGGUGCCCAAAUGGGAUAUUGUAUCUACCUUUUAUGGGCUCCCAUUUCCCUUGGCACGCUUUGUUAUGCAGUUGCUCCUAGUCUUUGCUUACUUCAUGGCAUUCGAAUAUUUCCGGAGGUUUCAAGCCUGUGGUUUCUUCCAUUUGCAUAUGUUUUUGUUGCGAAAUACGCAUACGGCUUAGCUGAAGCUCUUAGCUGUGGGGAUACAUUGAAAUCAUGGUGGAACUCGCAAAGAAUAUGGUUGUUUCGUAGAACCACUGCAUACUUCCUUGCCUUCAUCGACACAGUCAUUAGGCAACUAGGCCUCUCCCAAACAACAUUCGUUCUCACACCCAAGGUGGUUGACGAUGAUGUAAUGAAGAGAUAUGAGAAUGAAAUCUUGGAAUUUGGAAGCUCAUCGAUCAUGUUUACUAUCAUAGCAACAAUUGCACUCCUGAACCUUUUCAGUUUCCUUUUGGGUAUCCGGAGAGUUGUUUUGGCUACCGAAUCAUCAAGGGCUUUCCAGCAGUUUAUCCCACCAAUCAUCCUUUCUGGAUUACUGAUAAUGAUCAACAUACCUGUGUACCAAGCACUCUUCUUCCGCACUGACAAGGGUCGCAUGCCAUCUUCUGUCUUGUGGAAAUCUGUUAUGAUCGUCUCACUUGCAUCUUUGAUGCCUAUUUACUAGCUCAAGUUUGUAAUAAUUAGAGGCCCUCUGUGGAAUUGAACAUUCCGCAGAGAAUGAAUUCAGCCUUGGGUGGUAACUCAGCUGCGAAAUUUCUUGAUGAAUCAAUUAUUGAGCCUAAAUUCUCUAUGGCUGCUGAAUACAAUCAGGUAGUUGAUCGUAGAUGCUUAUUC